AGAGAGAGAGAGAUGAAAGAGACAGCGACCCUUUUGACACCUUGGCUAGCUGGGCUUGCCAUGGUUGCCCUCUUGAAGCUGAUUGGACAUUUCCCUCCAGUCCUUUAUGAGCAAAGGAAUCCGAAAACACUCACUCGGGUCAUCACUGAUCAGUGAAGUUGCUCUGUUUCUUCUUCCCCUGUUUCGAGUUGAACGGCGGCGAUGAUGGAGGACAGUGACGGGCCGGACACGGUGGUCAACAACAGAGUCUACGUCGCGGUGGGGAGGGACGUGCGGGAGAGCAAGUCGACCCUUUCGUGGGCAUUGGAGAAUUUCGGUGGCGACUUUCGCAUCAUUCACGUUCAUCGACCUCACCGGCUGAAUCCAUCUACACGCCCCUCUUAUGGUAGUGGAUCCAGGAAUCCUCAAGAACUUGCAAGGCAAGAGAUGGACAGCAUUCUGGAUGAGUACAUUCACGUGUGUAACCAAGCAGAGGUUCGUGCUGAGAAAAGAUUCAUUGAGAUGCUAGAUAUAGGAAGAGGGAUUGUGGAACUCAUCGAGCAGCAUGCCAUCACGAAGCUUGUCAUGGGAGCAGCUGCAGACAGACGCCAUUUUGAGGGGAUGACACAACUCACAUCCAAGAAAGCGAAAUUUGUAAACCAGCAUGCACAUCCAUCUUGUUCCAUUUGGUUUGUCUGCAAUGGGCACCUAAUCUACUCAAGCGAAGGUGAUUUAGACACUUUCCAUAUGGACAUCACACCAUCAGUAUUACAAGGUAGUUCUGUUGAUGAAUCUGGACUACAAAAUGUAAGGAGUCCUUUUGGUUCAGUUCAUUCAAGCUCCAACUCUAGUGAAGUCGAAGACGAUCUAGCCUCGGUCCGGUAUGAAAGGGGUGAGAGGAGUAAUUGUAUUUCUGAAUCAAAUUCCAUGCGUGCAUAUGGAAUGCUUAAAGCACUUGAAGAUAUAUACAAUGGGCAGCUAAGAGUGAGGAAAGAUCUUGAGGAAUCGCUAGCAAUAGAAAAAGAAGCAUUCAAAGAGCUGAAGAAUCAAUACGAGGAACUGGAGAUGCUGUACGAUGAUGCUCUGAAAGCUAACUCUGAACUCUUGGCUAACCAAACAAGCGAACCCUCCAGUGCACAUGGACAGAACUUCAUUUCUGAGUUUUCUUGGUACGAAUUAGAGGAAGCUACCCACAGUUUUGAUCCAUCGUUAAAGAUCGAGGUAGGGGAGUAUGGGAGAACUUAUAAAGGUUUGCUUCAUCACAUGCAAGUGGCCAUAAAGAUCCCGCACCGCUGCAAUUACCGGAAGGAGGUUCAACUUGCGACGAAGUCGAGGCAUCCUAAUUUGGUAACCCUCAUUGGAGUCUCCCCGGUUGCUUCGGCUCUCAUUUAUGAGUACCUCCCGAAUGGCAGCCUUGAAGACCAACUCAGUGCCAGGGACACCAGCAACCAUCUGUCUUGGCAAACUCGAAUACGUAUUUGUGCAGAUAUAUGUGCCGCGCUUAUGUUUCUUCAUUCUUACCACGGUAUAGUACAUGGCGAUCUGAAACCGGGUAAUAUUCUUCUUGACUCCAACUUCGCGGCCAAAAUAACCAACUUUGGAUUGCAUUCUGCCCCGUCUCAUUCCCCCACGGCAGGAGAAUUGUCUUUUGCCUCUGAUGUUUAUUCAUUUGGUAAUGUGUUACUGCGGUUACUCACUGGAAGAUCGGCCCUGGAUCUAGAUGAAGUGAUGCAAAACGAGUUAGAUGCAGGGAAUCUAGGUGCCUUGUUGGAUCCCACAGCAGGGCACUGGUCAUUGGAGCAAGCCACGGAGCUGGCUCACCUGGCAUUAAGCUGCUGUAACAUUGAUAGUGAUAAUCGACCGGAUCUUGGGACUCAGGUGUGGCCGGUACUUGAACGGAUGCGAACCCGUUGUGAAGCCUCUUCAUACAGUCGGUCCGGUCCAGAAGAGCCCAGCCAGCCUCCACAUCACUUCAUCUGUCCAAUCUCCUGCGAAAUCAUGCAAGAUCCUCAUGUGGCGGCGGACGGUUUCACUUACGAAGCAUCGGAAAUAAGGCGCUGGCUUAGCAGCCGCAAUGCUUCGCCCAUGACGAAUCGUCCGCUUUCGACCCUCGAUCUUUUCCCGAACCAGACUCUCCGUUCAAUGAUUCAAGAGUGGCUGCAAAACCAUUGAACUGUUGAAAAACUUUGUUGAAAACUGCAUGGAAUCUAUUUCAACUGCAGCUCUAGAUCCUGUAAAUAGAUGAUAUUGUGGAAACAUUACUUCUCACCAAGAUGCUUCGCAAGAAAACAAGGACACCGGAGAGGUGAGAUGGAUGGCUAAGUGAAUUGGAAGUCCGGUUCCUCGAUCCGAAAAGUUAGAUCCCUUCUGAGAUCGGCGUGCCUUGGGCGUCUGUGUUUCGCUCAUCUUUCGCCCUUAGUUGGUAUUUCCUUGGAUAAGCUCUCGUUACCCUCUUCCGUUGCUUAGGCGACCUGUAUAAUAUUGCUUGUAAAAUAUAGCUCGUAAAAAAUAACAUCGUUUUCAUUUGGAAUAAGAGCACGAGUAGUCCCCGACCUUUAGACUAA